UAAAUAAUUCCAUCAAACAAGAAUAAGUACUAUUAUGAUUCCAUUGAUAAAGAAAUUCGUCUAACGAGCGCCAGAGAUGCGCACUUGCUGGCACUUACUGCACUUCGAGUGCACUGAGCUUUCUACUUCACUAGAAUUAAUUCACUAGUGUAUUUUAAUAUAUGCUAUUGGUGACAUUGGAUUUCUUGAACACUACUAGUUCAGAAAUGAUUACACACAGACGAAUAGCUAAUGGUUCGAAUGUUUUGAUAAGGCGUGUCCACUGUGUGUGAUUUAACAUGCGUGAUAUUUUACAUAUCUUUCGUGCGUGCUUUGUUGUACAAAUACACUAGUUGCAUACAAUGUACGUGUAGUUUAAAAAAUACACAUUAUUAAGUGUAUAUCAAACACCUUGUAAAAUAUAAGGAACUUACAAAAUUGUUUAAGCGUUUAAGGAUUUUAUAAUUUUGGGUUAAAAUGCAUUAUGGAAAGAAGUCACCCAGCAUGGGAACACCAUCUGUGUAUUCCCAUGUGACUACUCGCAGCAGUGCAAACUUGAGAUCGUCAAGAUCUGCACGCAGUGUGAAAAUUCCAUGGUAUCAGAAACCUAUAGUCACACAUGCGUUUGUAUUGGAUAUACAAAGAGGUGCUAUGUUCACUGCCAUAUUUUCAUUGUGUCUGGCAUUUUUUACAAUAUGUACAAGUAUCUUUGAUAUCUAUUGUCUCUCACAAGCCGUACCUGGUUCAACCCACUAUGGAUAUUAUAUCUUAUCAUAUGAAUUUGUAUAUGUGGGUAAUCAACACGUCCGAAAUGCUCUGAUUGUUUUUGCAUUGUUCACCAUGUUGGGUGGGAUAGUUGUCUUUGUUACUUCUUUAAUAUUGAUCAGGGCUCUGCGAAAAGAACAUGAGAAGAAAAUGGUACCAUGGCUAUACAGUUUUGCCAUAUUCACUGUUUUCAGAUUAUUUGCCUUUUUAUUCUUCAGCAUUGUAAACGAUAUGAUAUUUGCCUAUAAUAUCUUGAUGUGCCUUCUGUGGAUCAUUUUUGUAUGUGUUUCUGCAUAUGGUUGGCUCAUUGUAUAUUCUUUAUAUCUUGAACUAUGUGACCUAACAAGAUUAGAAGAUCUAGCUCAUUUACGGAUUGGUACAAUGCAAUCUCUAAAUGCGUCGACUACUCAUUCUAUCGCUGGAUCUCGACCAACAACUCCUCACAGUGCAGUAUCAGCCAUGCCUGUUAAUUAAAUAUAAUAUGUGUACAUUAUAAUGUUAUACUUUACAUUUGCAAAUUUUCUCGCGUCUAACACAUUGAGACAAGGCGACAAAGCAAUCAAAGUAAUUCUUUGUGCUGAGCAAUGAUAUAUGACAACCAUAUAUCUAAACUAAUGCACACAAUGAAUUUAUAAAAGAAUUACAUAAUUACACAUGACAGUAACUGCAUUGCCUUUUUUAAAAUUUGCAAAAAGCGCAUUAAUCGACGUAUCGUUUUUAAAGUCAUUUUUAAAGAAUGUUAAUUGAUUUUUAAAGGAUAUUAAUCUUUUAUAGAAAUAUAAGACAUACAAUUUAUUUGUCAUUGCAAUAGCUCUUAUUAGUAGAUUUUAGAGACAAGUUUUAUAUAUGAUUGAAAACUUAUGUAAGACGAAUGAUAAGAUUUAUAGUAAGCAUA